GGAGUCAGUGCGGUUGCAUCAUAACUGUACAUCAAAGAGACGCUACUGUUUUAGCCGUCAGUGCUACGGAUAGCGUCUUGAAGAACAAGCUGUGAAAUGUGUGGAAUCUGGGCUUUGUUUGGCAGUGAUGAGUGUCUGUCGGUCCAGUGCACCAGUGCCAUGAAGAUCGCUCACAGGGGCCCCGAUGCCUUCCGCUUUGAGAACGUCAACGGCUUCACCAACUGCUGUUUCGGCUUCCACCGGCUGGCUAUUGUGGACCAGCUGUAUGGUAUGCAGCCCCUACGCAUCAAGAAGUUCCCUUUCUUGUGGCUCUGCUAUAAUGGAGAGAUUUAUAACCAUCACACGCUGAGUAAGCAGUUUGACUUUGACCACCAGACUAAAGUGGAUGGUGAGAUUUUGCUCCAUCUGUAUCACCGCUUCGGCAUCCAGAAGAUGUCUUCUCUGCUGGAUGGUGUCUUUGCUUUUAUUCUGCUGGACACUGCCAACAGAAAAGUCUUUCUGGGGAGAGACACGUACGGCGUCCGGCCUUUGUUCAAAUUCCUCACGGACGAUGGAUUUCUUGCAGUCUGCUCCGAAGCCAAAGGACUCACGGACAUCACCCAUUCAACGGCUUCCCCUGCCAACAUCGUGGCCCUGCUCCCUGGGCACUUCGAAGCCUUUGAUUUGAAGCAGAACGGAAAAGUUGAGUCCGUUCAGAUGGAUCAGUUUCACUGCUGCACAAAAGAGCCCGCCCAUGCCGUCUACGACACUGUGGAGAGACUGCCUACAAGUUUUGAUGAGGAAACGGUGAAAAGCAACAUCAGAGCCCUGUUUGAGAACGCCGUGAGGAAACGUCUCAUGGCUCAAAGGAGAAUUGGCUGUCUUCUGUCAGGUGGUCUGGACUCCAGUUUGGUUGCUGCUACGCUGGUGAAGCUGGCCAAGGAGGAGAAGCUGCAGUAUCCCAUCCAGACCUUCUCCAUCGGGUCAGAGGACAGCCCAGACGUCUUAGCUGCUCGUAAGGUUGCAGCUCACAUUGGCAGCGAACACCACGAGGUGAACUUCACUGCAGAAGAAGGCACCCAAGCUGUCGAGGAAGUCAUCCAUCACCUGGAGACCUAUGACAUCACCACCGUACGCGCCUCUGUCGGGAUGUACUUGGUUGCAAAGUACAUCAAGGAGAAGUCUGACAGUGUGGUGAUCUUCUCUGGAGAGGGCUCUGAUGAGCUGACUCAGGGAUACCUGUACUUCCACAAGGCUCCGACUCCCAAAGCGGCCGCAGAGGACAGUGUUCGACUGAUGAAGGAGCUCUACUUGUUCGAUGUCCUCCGUGCUGAUCGCACCACUGCUGCACACGGUCUGGAGCUCCGAGUGCCGUUCCUGGACCACCGAUUCACCUCAUACUACCUCUCUCUGCCCGAGGAGAUGAGGAUUCCCAAGCAUGGGGUGGAGAAGCAUCUCCUGAGGGACUCCUUCAAAGAUCUCAACUUAAUCCCGGAUGAGAUCCUGUGGAGGCGCAAAGAGGCCUUCAGCGACGGUAUGAUGUCUGUGAAGAAGUCCUGGUACGUGUGCCUGCAGGAGCACCUGGAGUCCAUGGUGAAUGAUGAUCAGAUGGAGAAGGCUCACAAGACGUUCCCUCACAACCCUCCUCGCACCAAAGAGGCCUACUACUUCAGACAGGUGUUUGAGAAGCACUACCCAGGCCAGGCCAAGUGGCUCUCCCAUUACUGGAUGCCCCGCUGGACCAACGCCAGCGACCCGUCGGCCCGCACCCUGGCCAUCUAUAAGCCUGAUAAAGACCAGUGAUUCCCUGGAGCAGCUGCUGGUCUGUGUGGGUCCGUCAGCAACAUGUUGGCCUUUGAACAUUCUACUCUGUCUCCUGCUCUGUCUCCUGCUCUGUCUCCUGCUCUGUGUCAUGCUCUGUGUCCUGCUCUGUC